CCACUGCGGACGGUCGGUGCUUGGUGCUGUCCACCAGAUUCUCGACCACGCUAUAAGACAGAGGGACACGCCCUGCAGUCGAGGGCAGACGGGCUGGCGGAGGUAGAUAGGCAGGGUGGACAUCUGGAUCCGGGUAUGCGUUGCGAAGCCGGCUUUGUGGUGUAUCAGUUUUCAGGCACAAACCUUCACAGCACGUGCCGAAUGCAGUAACGUGCUCUUGUCACAGCCCGCAUUUUUGGGGCUAAAAUGUGUUUUAUUAAUUUUUGCAGUAGACUAAGAUCUGCUGGGCAGCGAGGGAGCAUGGCGGAGGAAAUGUAACGUACUGGAAGAUUCGAAUGCUGCUUGCUAGCCUAGUGUUUUGGUGGUCUGAUGACGUUCCAUUAACAUAAUGUGUAGGAAGAGAGAUGCUGAGAAAGGUUGUGGCGGGAGUAUGGGGCUAACUUUGACGGUGCUGUGUUCAGUUCUUUGUGUCUACCAGCCCUGGAUUGCUCUGGCUGCACCACUGAACGUAGCUGUGUCCACAGGGGAUGGUAACGAAUAUAUCAAUUCGAAUCAGAGUAUAACAUCAUCAACACCAGGCCAAUCCAACGCCGUGGACGUCAGUGAUGCGGCUAAUGUCCAAUCAACGUCGACCACGCCUAAAAGUGCGUCAGUUUCCGCCAUUCAUUUAACAACUAAUGCCAAAUAUGAACUAAGUUCCAAACCGUAUUCAACAGAUAUUAAAUAUACUCCAGGUGCUGUAUUUUCUGCUAUAAAAUCCCUCAGUACAACUACCACUGAAAAUGAAUCUAUUUUAUCUAAAACAACAACAGCAAGGACUAUGCUUCCCACGUCGUCGAGUGCAGCUAGUCGGAUAUCUUCAACAGUUUCAGGCAAAACCUCAUCUUCGAGGCGGAAAACUACUGCUGCUGCCAGCACGUCACCUCGAGUUGGAGUCACUACUGCUUCAUCCACCAUAAUCACAGACAGACUUUCGGUGCCAACCACCAUUCAAGUUGGCAUAGCGUCUACCAGCUUUAAAGAGGAGAUGAAUUCUGGACUAACGUCCGCGCGAACAACAAAAGCUGUCACCGCAACAACACCAAUAAUAACAACAGCAACAACAAACAUUGUUAAUCCGCAACUGGUCACUUCCCAAGACCAAGCCACAGGAAAUACCAUAGCUAGUCGAGGCAGUACCGCAACACCAGAGACUCGGACAGUACAGAUAGAUAAUGAUCCAACAACUGUGAACUCGCGACAAGCAAUGGAAACAAACAGUGCAACAUCAACAACAAAUCAGUCAUUUGACUCUGGAUCUAAAAAGAUAACAACUGGUCCUGUUGUCGACGGAAUUACUUUCGAGGUCAUUGACCCCCAAAAUUAUACUUCCCCGCCAAAGAUUGUUACAAACACCACAUCUUCUCCAACCUCUCUUGUUGCAGCAGGUGCCAGUGGAUCGCUCGCAAAUACAAGCUCGGAUUCGAUGACUGGUGUGGAAUCAUCCUCAGGGGAUGACAUUUCUGCUUACAUGGGUGUCACUACGUAUAAAGGAAAUGCCCUGGUCAAUACGACGCUCCCUCAAACGGCUGCGUUCAACACCACUGCCCUCUAUACCUCUAUUAAGAGAAACAUCACUGCUGUCACGAAUUCCUCUAUUGAUAUAACAUCCACUUUUAAAGACGAAUCAUCUACAACAUUGGCUACGUCAACAGAUACUGCUGUUAGCACUGCUGCUAGCUCUACCACAACAAAAACGGCUAAUACAACAAUUGCUGUCAUAAAUACUCAAACAAAAGCUCCUCCAAGCGACACAGAGCCGUCUGGUAAAGGAGCUGAAGGCGAUCAGACGCCCGUGGACCAGGGAUCUCUAACCACCAUCUUACUCGUUUUGUGUGCUUCCCUUCUGGCUUUAUUACUAGCCCUGUGUGUUUUUACUUACGUCAAGUUCAGGAAGAAAAGUCGAUCUAUUCGGAAGAGGCUGACGUUUAAGGAUGAUUCUAUAUAUGACAACCCCAUAUACCAUGGUCGAUGGGAAGUCCCCAAGGCUCCUGAGCCCACCUCAUCGUCCUGUCCCAGAAGUCUUCCAAUGCUUAUUAGCGCCUUGCCGGAUGAGGUAGUCCGACUUUCCAAGGAUGAAGAUACGGGUUUCCGUCUACAGUUCAUGAUGUUGGACAAAUUGAGCCCAAACUCCCCACGUCAAGUGGCUACCACCGACACGAACACCCAUAAAAACCGUUACAGGGACAUCUUGCCAUUUGAUCACAAUCGGGUGAAGCUGGCGGAAGAAGGGGAUCAGUCGGAUUAUAUCAACGCCAGUUAUGUCCCCGGAGUGAAGUCAGAGAGAGAAUAUGUGGCGUCCCAGGGUCCACUGGAACGGACUGCUGCCGACCACUGGCGGAUGAUUUGGGAGCUGAAUAUACGAAUAAUAGCUAUGCUUACAACAUGCGAGGAGGGCGACUUAAUAUUCAAGGCAAAGUGCUGUCAAUAUUGGCCUAACAAAGAGAAUGAGUCGGUGAAUUAUGGCGGUAUUUACGUCACUCUGGUCUCCACGACUCGGUUGUGUCGAGAUAACUACAAGCUGAAGGUCCUUCACAUCCGUAAAGGAAAAGAUUCUGAACCUAGGAAAGUACAGCUGUUUCAGUAUAUCAAAUGGCCAGAUCGGAAAAACCCGGAGGACCCGGAGGCUUUUCUAGAAUACCGUGAUCAUGUUAGGAGGGAAAUGGACACAUUCGAUGAACAGAGCCCCCUGCUUGUCCACUGCAGCGCGGGUGUGGGCCGGACAGGCACUUUCAUAGCCAUAGACACCCUGUUACAACAUAUGGAGGAGAGGGAAUCUAUAGAUGUGUAUGGUCUUGUUCUGCGUCUCAGGAAAUACAGGGUACUGCUCGUCCAGAAUGCGAACCAAUACAAGUUUGUCCACACGAGUCUACUUAUAAAACUAGAUAAGAUGAAGAAAGCUGAGGUUGACGAAGGGCAAAAGAAGGCGGGUAUAGACGGCUCUUAUCCUUACGAGAACAUGGUUAUGGGUCAGCGAGCUGUGGUCGGGGAGCUAGGCGGACUGGUUCACGGCGGAGACAAAAGUGGCGUCCCCACACAGCAGUCCUCAGCCGUGCAAAGCUUCCUUAGGAAGACCAAGACCAACGUACAGCCGGACAUGGGGACGGACGAUUCACAGUGCAGGAACUCGGACGGGAUGCCAAGUCCGGUCAAAAUAGAGGAAUGGCCGCGUCCUCUUUCCGAUCCGGUUCCCAGGCCUGUGAUCGAAACGCCAAAGUCCAAACCUUUCUCCGGAAACACCCUAGGGGACCCAGAAAGAGCUUUAGCCAAAGAACUGGGAGGAAUGUUUCAGGGAGGUGUUGAGAGGCACGCAUCGCCAGGCAAAACUGCUGCCAUCAAAGCUUUCCUAAGGAAUAGGGACCUAGAGGGGGAAUCCGCUCCACCAAACUCUGAGAACAAUCCUAAUGGCGAUUCGCUGGUGAUCGACAACCGAUUCAGGGAGGAGACCGAAAAGCAGACGACGUGCUUAUAACACUGUGGCCUUAAUAUGAAAUUGUCUUGUUGAAUGUUUACAGGGGAGCAAUUAAUUAUUAUAAUUUAAGCUCAAAAAAAAAAAAAUACGAUGGAAAUGCGGUUACACGUUUUCUUGGGGAUACGAGAGUUGGUAGACGUAACUUCAGCGGCCAGAAUCGUGAUUCCGGUCACGUACCAUGUUUGCGGCACGUGAUAAGAGAUACCCGUGUGUCAAAUCAAGGUUCACGUGGGGCCAUGAUCCUGUUGUUCACCUGUAACGUGUAUGUGGAAAAAUCGAACUAGAAGCAAGCUCAAAUGUUGCUCAUUGCUGGCAUGUCUCUCCUUGGAACAUCAGCAGGAUCGGACGAUCUGUUGUGCUUUGGGAACUAUGUGUGGACACAGUCGUGUAUAUUAUGUUGCAUCAAAAAUGUGGUGGAGGACGAUCUUAGUAUUUAGUCUCCUUUCAGAGCACUGCAUUUUGGACACGAACAUUAACGACACUAACAGAAAAGCACAGCCCUUAGCUCGCCGAAUGGGAUAUAUGUACUCUAAACUUUUAAGAUGACGGUGCAGGGUCCCAAAUUUUCAAAAAAGAUUUGGACGUGUAUUGUGGUGCUUGGACGUUCGGAAUCCACUGAGAACUCAUUCAGAUGUCAGUGGUACAGCUACCAGAGAUUCGUUGUCCAUUUGAGUAUUAACAACAUCUGUUUAUACACUCAAUUUUGGGCCAAAGACCAAGAAGGGACUUGCCAUGUAUAUAUACGUAAUGGGGCAGCUGUAUGUGGUCGUGGACUAUUGUGCUAUAUACAUAUAAACUGUAAUUACCCAGCGGCGAUUUGAUAUGUGGUUAUAAGUAAACUUCUGUAUGUACAUGUAAUAUGUACGUAUAACCCAGGUAAACCGCACCUCAGCCUACGUCGUGAACUUCGCCGUUAGAAAUCAGCUGUUGACUAUAUAUACUCUCCUUAUAGAGCCUUUAUGUUUGGUGUUAUCAUACUAACAUUUAUUGUACAUGUAAUCCCAUCUUCUAUUAUUGUUUGUUUAAUUGUUUGUUUGUUUGUUUGUUUGUUUGUUGAGGUUAAAACUUCGUUUUCCUUCUUUCAAGUUUUGUGUUUUUGUUCGGAAGAAUUGAUAAAUCUUCGGUGAUAUGUGUGUACCACACGUGUAUGUGUAUACUGCAGGUAGCAGGGUACCUUCCCGACGACUAUGAUAAUAAUACACUAACGAUACACAUAAUCUGCUUCAUACAACGAUUGUAAGGGAUGACUGUUUAGCCUAUGCUAACUAGUGUUGAGAUGAAUGUGUGACUGGCUAAAAUCUGUCUAUGAUGUUUUCCGUUUUAUGGCAUAAAUAAAUGACAUUGUUUACA